CUCCUUGUUGUCCUCCAUGUCCUCCUUCAUGUUCUCCAACAUGUUCUCCUCCAUGUUGUCCUCCAUGUUCUCCUUCAUGUUCUCCAACAUUCUGCUGUCAGUCUUCCUAAAUCUUGUUUUAUUUCAGUAUAUUUAGUUUAGAACAAUCACCUUCAAUCUUCUGCCGAUGAAUCAUUCAGAAUGAUCUGGUGCCUCUUUGAGGAUUCUCGUGGUUUGCUGCCUCCUCCCUCGGUGCGACCUUGAGGAUGCUCCCUAGGUUCCUUCCCUUCACUCUCCCGUCUGUCCUCCAGGAGCCUCUGAAGGGCUCGGUGAGCGGCGCCAUGAGGACGGCGCUGCGUUCCUACACCGACGUCUGCGACGCGCUCCACGUGGUGGAGAUCGGCCUGCGCCUGCUCGGCAAGACGGGCGGAGACCCGCGAGCCCGGCUGCUGUUCUACCUCGCCGACUCGCUGCAGCUGGAGCCGCAGAUAUCCGGCACGGUAGCCAAGGGUCUGGGGGAGAGCAACCUGGAGCACAGCGUGUUCACCUGGCAGCUCCUGACCUUGUGGAAGUCUGAGCUCAUGCUGAACAUCAAGCAAGACCCGUUUCCGAAGCUCGGCUCCGAGUUCCGGCAGAAGCUGACGGACGGAGCGCGCAAAGAGCUGAAGGCGUUCCUCGCCGUCGCGGACGUGGACGCGUUCUCUUUGGAGCUGCAUGAAGUCCUGCUGCUGAAGGCCAGCCACGCCGCGCCGGAGCAGCGUUUCCACGCCCACUGGGACAUCAAGUCCACCUUAGAGGGCCAACUGGAGAAGAAGAAGCAUCCAGAGCUGCAGGGGCUGGAGUCUCUACCAGAGGACUUCACCCUGAGCCACGGGGUGGACGUGUGGAAGGCCGCCGUGGAGUUUAAAAGAAGAUAAAUCAUUUCUACGGACUCAUUUAUGAUCUUGUUUGUUUGUGUCGUUGUUAUUAUAAUGCAUUCCUUUUGAUAAGGCAUGUUUUGUAUAUUUAGUCUGAAAGUGACAGAUGUGGUGCACGUGAAGCAGUUAUAUUACUUAUGAAUCUGUUGUUGAGGAGUCUGGGAACAAUUAAUAAAAUCACUAUCAAUCAAUCGGA